UGUGGUGCAGCGGAAGAAGACUCUCAGUGACAUUCCCAGAGUGUCUGGAGUGUCUAGGGUGCAGUCCCUGUGACUCUGACUAAAGUACACCGUGGCUGAUAGCACCAGCUGAUUAAGGUGAUUGAGGUCACCAACGGACAAGAUGAGCCUCUACUGAGGAAGAGAGGUCUAGUUAAUGAGUAAUUACAGGAAGUAACAAAGGUUUAUAGAAACAACACAGCCUCCACCACAGAGAGAGUUUUUAAGUUGAGACCAAGUCUAACACAGACACCUUUACCCCAUUCCCACCCCCCAAAACAGACACUCUUCUCCAACGGCAACAGCAUGAAAAAUAAGAACAGCCAAGGAGCACAAGAAUGUCCCUCCAGAUGUCCAGAUAACAGCGCAUUUAAACAACAGAAACUGCCAGCCUGGAAGCCCAAGCUCACAGCUCCGACUGUCCUCUCCAGCUUCUUUACCAUUGGACUCUUCUGCCUCCUCAUGGGAAUCUGCCUAAUAUUGUAUGCAAGAAGUGUCAAAGAAAUCCAGAUUAACUAUUCAGACAUAUGUUUGAAUUGUUCAAAACUGCGUGAAAACUCCUCUAACUGGGAUAAAGAAUGCGACUGUACUGUGCACGUCACACUGCAGGAAAAUAUGCUGGGUGAUGUUUUUAUGUACUAUCGUCUGCAAAACUUUUACCAGAACCACCGUCGGUAUGUCCUCUCCAGAAGUGAUGCACAAUUGCUGGGUCAAGAUGUAAACAUUCAGAACAGCAACUGUGACCCUUUCACAACUUAUCCAAAUGGAACUCCAGUGGCUCCAUGCGGUGCCAUCGCGAACAGUCUGUUCAAUGAUUCUAUUCAACUUUUUUACUAUCUUAACUCAUCCACUGCUAUCGAAGUCCCAUUGCUGAAGAGUGGAAAUAGUUGGUGGUCAGAUAAAAAUGUGAAAUUUCGGAAUCCAACAUCAUAUAAUCUCUCUUCUGCAUUUGCAGGAACAACAAGGCCUCCUUACUGGCAAAAACCAGCUUAUUUACUGGAUGAGGAGGAUGAAAGGAACAAUGGUUAUAUAAACGAUGACUUUAUCAUCUGGAUGCGGGUGUCAGCCUUUCCCACAUUCAGAAACCUUUACCGUCGUCUCAGCCACACCAACCAGUUUGCUGAUGGUCUCCCAGCAGGGAAUUACACCUUCCACAUUACCUACAAUUUCCCUGUUGCCAAAUUCAAAGGGAAAAAGCAGGUGGUUCUCUCAACCAUCACAUGGAGUGGAGGGAGUAACCUCUUCCUGGGAAUUGCCUACACGGUUUCUGCUGAAGACCGUUUUCUGCAAGGCUGGAGUAAGAGGACAGCAGUGUGGUGAUUUACAUUUUACAGGUUAACCUUGUGAUAGAAAAGCUAAAGUUUAGACUCUGUGAAAAGAAGAAAUAGGACUAAAACAUAAACAUGACCAUUUAAAUGUCAGCAUUAACUAUUUCACUGCUGAUCACUUCAGCAGAAACAUUUAGCUAACAUGAUUAGGCCACAAUCCCAAAUUGUCUCCUACUCUACCCCUGUGCCAAAAGCUCCAGCUGUCUCUCCUACACUGUCGCCAAGACCUCCAACUUCUUACCAGACAACUUCUAUGGCAUUGUCAAUAGAAAAGCAGACAAUUUGAAAAUAUGGGGCAGGAUAAACUUAAUUUAAUGUAAUCUACAAAUAAAUACUGAGACUGCUUAAUUGUAUCAUUUUCAUGGUUAGUUAACUUAUAAACCUCAGUUUUUAAAAAUGUAAAUAGAAUUUCCAGUCUGUCGCAGAAUCUAGGGAACUUUGCUGCAGAAUUUAGAUCAAGUUUGCUGUGGAGUACAUGGAUGAUUAUGGGGGUCGGGUGGGGGGUUCAUUAUGAAAGUGCAUAUGAAAUUAAAACUAAUAUUCCUUUACUUAACAUGAGUUUCUGUGCUCGCUAUUUUAUACUGAUUUAUAAAUGCCCCAAAAUUAAAAAAACAAAACAAAAGAAAUCAACAUUGAUCUUCAGAGCCCUUUACAUACAUUAACUAAUACUCCCAGCACCUUGUGAAAUAGCCGUUAGCCUUAUUGUAGAAAUGGGGAAGUUGAGGCAAAGAGAGAUUUAGGGUACAAUUUUUGAGAGCAUCUAAGUCACAUUUUCAAAAGUGAUUUAGGCACUUAGGAGUUUACGGAUGGGUCAAUGCUUAAAAUGCUGU